CAUGUCAGUUUAAUUUCAUUGCUCUGGGAUUUUGACGUGUGACGGAUAAUUGCAAUCGAUUCAAAAGAUCAGGUGCAGACUGCAGUCUGAUAGUGCAUUAUAAAUAAAGACAAUUGGUAAUGAAAUAGUGUAAACAAUGGCAGAAAGUAAAGGUGCGUUAAUCGCGAAAUCAGUGCAAAAACAUGCUGGCCGUGCAAAAGAAAAGUUAUUACAAAACUUGGGCAAAGUAGACCGGACCCUAGACGACAUAUUCGAGGAGCACCUUCAGAAUUUCAACCGGCAGCACCAACAGGCGGUACGGUUGCAGAAAGAGUUCAACAAUUACAUAAGAUGUAUACGAGCGGUACAGACAGCGUCCAAGUCGCUGAUGGAGGCGAUAACGGAAGUGUACGAGAGCAGUUGGUCCGGCCACGACUUGCUGUACGUGCAGGCACAGAACAUGGAGAUGUUAUGGCAGGACUUCUCGCAUAAGUUGGGCGACCAGGUGUUGAUCCCGCUCAACACGUACACUAACCAGUUCCCUGAAGUCCGGAAAAAAGUAGAGAAACGCGGCCGCAAGUUGGUCGACUACGACAGCCAGAGACACAGCUUCCAGAACCUGCAGGCGAACGCGGCCAAGAGACGGGAUGACGUCAAGAUAACCAGGGGACGCGAGCAGCUGGAGGAAGCCAAACGAACGUACGAGGUCCUCAACUCGGAGCUGCAUGACGAGCUGCCGGCGCUGUUCGACUCGCGCGUGCUCUUCUAUGUCAACAACCUGCAGACGCUGUUCUCAGCGGAGCAGCUGUUCCACUUUGAGAGUUCCAAGGUGUUUGCGGAGCUAGAAGCGAUAACAGACAAAUUGGCGACCGAGUCCCAGCGCGGCUCGUACAAGAAGACUCCGAACAACAUCAUAAAGACGAACGUCAAUUCUCUCAACGGGAACGCGCCCGCAUCGCCGACCAACACCGUGCAGACGCCGCCCUCCCCGCCGUCUCGCUCGUCGCCCGCCCGCUCGACACCGUCGCCUCGUUCGCUCGCCUCGCCGACCGACGAGCUACAAGCGAGCGAAGAGACACAACCCACCGAGAAGCUACAGGCGAGCGAGGAACGACAACCGAACGAUCCGCCCGCAGUCAACGGACACGCCACCGACAAACAAGUGUCGAAAGAGGAUAAAAAGGUUGAAGAACUGUACGAUAUACCCGUCGGGCCGACUACACCCGAAACUGUCAAUAAUAACGUCGAGGAAAAGAGACAAGACGACGGCAAGGAUAAGGUAGAUUCGAAAGAGACGGAUAGUGAAGUGCCGAAGAGCGACGAAGUGUACGACAUACCCGUCGGAGCCACCCUGGCGGGUCUACCUGCGGGCACCUUGUACCGCGUGCGGGCCACGUACCGCUACACACGUGAAGACAGCGAUGAGCUCUCCUUCGAGGUGGGAGACGUCAUCCGUGUGGUGGAGUACGAUGACCCCGAAGAACAGGAGGAAGGGUGGCUGAUGGGUAUAAAGGAGUCAACCAAUGAGAAGGGAAUGUUCCCCGCGAACUUCACGCGACCGAUAUGAGCGCGUGCUGACGGAUGUCUACACAACAUUGGUUACAUUCGACGCGAGAUGUUGUUUCCCUCGAAUCGUAGACAUUUAACUUAUUUAGUCCCUUGUUAACCCCCUGAGAUACACUCUCUCUAAUAAACCACUUUAUAUGUUAUAGAACAAAGCGGUCCGACGUCAAAAUUCAUCAACCAAUGGCGUCGCUUGCUGUCAUUUACUUUUUCAAAAUGGCGGAUCUUUUACGCCGAUGACGUCAACUACUUUGAUGUUUAGAGGUUUAUUAGCGAGAUGGUUAGUAUUUAGAUGUUGAGAAUUAUUAGAUAUAUAUUAUUUAUUGCGAUCGGUGUUGUAUUACAACGAAUUAUUUAUUUUUUAAUUAUAUAAAAAAUCGAUUUGUAAAUACAGUUUUUGAAAUGUUAUUAUUAACUUGGCAGGCAAAGAUUUACUAUCAAUAUUGAUAUUUAUGCCUUGUUAUUUAAUAUAUUUAAUGAAUAUAUCGACGUGUGUGAGCUGUAUUAAAUCUGGGUUUCGGCAGUAAUGUUUUGGCAUUAUUUAUAAUAUAACAUUUGUAUUAUUUAUGUAAAAUAUGAUAUCGCCGACCAAAUUUUAACAUUUGACUUAUUUUACACUUUGACAUUUUUGAAUACAGGUUAAAAUACAAUUUUUGAUUUAAAUUUGUCCAAUAUUGUCUGGUAUAUAAAUAGUUUUGAGAAUACUGGAAGCGUGGAACAUUAGUUUUAUUUACUCUUUGUUUUAGCCAUAGACUACAAUAGCGUAUAGACAAACGUACGAGAAAUACAUCUCUAACGGACAUACAACAAGAUAAAAAACGUAAGCGUAUCUAUAGCUACUGUAAACGAUUUUUAUUCACAAGUCGUAAGCGGUCAGCCACGUUUGAAAUUAGCUUCUUAGUAUUUUGAAUAUUAAACUAACUACUAUCUUACGCACACAUUGCCAAAUCAAAACUGGUUACGCAUUUUCGUGUUAUUCCAAGUCUAUGGUUUUAGCACUACAGAGUGCCAAGUAUGCGAUUUUAUACCAACUCGAUCGCGCGAAAGUUAACUACGAUUUGUAUGGCGUCCAAAAAGCGCCAUCUAGUGAUAGUAGAGGAAAACAUCAUAGCUUGUCAAACAUCAUUGUUCUAUUAAGACACUUUAAUCAAUCUCACGAUGUGAUUACUGUAGAAUAUAACCAUUUAUUAUUCAAUCAAUAACUAACAUUGAUGAUACAUUUUUUAAUAAUUUAGACAUUAUAAAAAAAAUGUUCGAUGCGGCUUCCAAACUGAUUUAAGUAGUAGCAUGAUGUAUUUGUAACGGGAAUUGAAAAAGUUGUUGAAAUAUGUGAGGGCUUACAUAAUAUUUGAACAGUUUCGUUCUUCAGAUCACUCAAGACUUAGGCCCUGUAUUCACCAAAGCGGAGAGGAGAGGAGAUGUAUUUUGAUAACCAAUCAGAAUUCGUUAUUUUCACAUCACCUCUCUGCUUAACUCCGGUGGAAAUGGAUCAAGAGGAGAGAAGGGAUUUUGAAUUUUGUGCGGUGACAGCUUCGUGGCUUAUCUCCUCUCCUCUCUGCUUUGGUUGGAAUACCGGGCCUAACAAUAUGAUUGAACAAUAUUUCAAUAAAAUUUUGCUCAUUUUUUAUAAAUGUGAUGAAAGUGACCUUACUAAUGAUAUUGUUAUAAAUUUGUAAGAUUUAUCAAAAUUGUAGAAUUUAUUCGAGUAAGUAAUUUUAACUUGUAUUAUACAUUUUUAAAUUCACAUAAUUAUUAGAAAUUUCUUAUUUUCUUAAAUAUAAAGUUCUGCAUUUGAGAAAAAUCUGAUUGCAUUUUUUAAUAAUUUGUAUUUGUUUAUGUAUAUUAUCUUAUGCUACUUAAGUACUACUUACUAAGUAUACAAUCUUUUCAUUUAUUUUUUCUUUAAAAUACCAAAUUUUGUUUUUCUUUUUACCAUUACUUUUGUACAAUAAUAAUAUGUCUAGUUAUUGAAACACAAUCUUUUCUAUUUUUCUAUUAAUCAAUAAUAAAUACUUAAUAAAGUAUUUCUUAAUUCUUCUUCAUGAGUUCUGAAAGAAUAUUAGCAAAAGUUUUACUAAAAUACAUAAUAUAAUAAACCUCUUUUAUGCAUUCAUAUCGCAUUUUUAAAAUCAUACGAAUUAAAAUAAUCCAAUCACUGCUCCACUAAUUUUACUUUAACUAGUUGUCAAACAGUGAGAAAGUGUGCAACACAGUUAUAUAGAUGUAUGUAUAUUGUACGGCUUAUAUUUUUGACUUUGACUAUAACGCGCGAACAUGAGUGCUCCACUCUCGCUUGACCCGCCAUGCGUCAAUAUUGCCAUUAAACCGUUCACACACUCCAAGUUAAAAGCGGAAAUCGGAAUCCAUUUAAAGGGGAAUGAUUUCAUAACUAGAAUUAUUGUAUUAUAAUUUCAAUGUAUAUUACAUAUUUUACACAGUUUCUGAAUAGUAAUAAAUUAUUAUACGGACGAUGAGAGGUAUUUUUUGUCUGUUUAAUUAUUGUUAUUAUAAUUAUUAUAUCCCACAUUAUCUUCAUUUUUCAUGCUUGCAGUCGCUAUAGGAAUUAAUUAUUUAAUUUUAUUAUAUUGAGGGAUCGGUACAUCUGUCGGUUCUCAUAUUUAUGUCUCACCAAAUAACAGCCAUUAUUGGUAUUGAACAUAACUUACUUGACAUAUUAGCAAUGUAAAGAUUAAAAAAAAUAUAGUGUUU